CCAAGAAUGGCCAGAAAACAUUCCCCCUCCAUAACACCCCGCACCAGAUCUCGACUCCUCCUUUUCCUCCUCUCUCUCCUCUUCAACACCAUCUCCUUCUUUACAUCUCCUUCCGAUUCCCUCCCGCUCCGUUCCUCCCCAAACUCUAACCCCAGCGCCGACUACUCCUUCGUCGCCUCCCUCGAGAAAUUCCUUGCCCAAAAACCUCGCGCUCUAUUGGAUGACGCCGUGGCUUCAGAGGGCGAACAAGGCGUGAAGAAGCUGGACGAUAUCAAUAUGAUUUGGAAAACAGAGACCGAAAGGCUCUACGGCGACCCGUUUUUUCCUCCCCUUAGGGUUUACGUUUACGAGAUGCUGAAGAAGUUCACGUACGAUCUGCUGACGUUGUUUCGGAAUAGGUACAGAGAGACGUCGAAUCUCACUUUGAAUGGUAGCCCUGUGCACCGUCUGAUCGAACAGGUGACUGCACGCCUCUAUUUUGAUUAAGGUAGGAGGAACUACAGACAAUCUUGAAUAAAGUUGUGCAAAGUUUGCUACUUGAGCCUUACCCAUCAGAUUGAUAAUUGCUCAGAAGGCUGCCUUGUGUUAGCUAGAACAAAGGAGUAUUGUUCAAUGUCCAGUAUUCCAUGGAAAGAUCAGAGACAAAAAAGUGAAGAAGUUGUUUCUACCACUUGCUGCUGCUCCUCUUCCUGUUGGAGUAAUUACCCAAGAUAUGCAACAUGUCAAUAUGGCUCCAAGAAUUCUUUCGGAAGUAUGCCCAAAUUGGUACCUUGGCCAAUCAAAAACUUGCUAAAGAGGAGCUAUUAGAAUACAAUGAAGAUGGACUUUUGUUUGUGAAAAAGACUUGAUCAUAGUUCCUGCUUGUUUUAGCUUUGAUUGAAACUUGUACAAUCCACCGAGGUGGAGUCCUUGGAGCAUUAAUUCUUGGUAAAUCUGAAGUCAAGAAUCAGAAUUCGAAGCUCCACUUGCGCUAAAUCUGAAGUCAAGAAUCAUAAAUCUGAAGUCAAGUUUUUUUUUGGCUGUAUUUGAAUCAAGGUUUUAGCCUUUAGGUAAGAAAAGGAAAUGAAAACGGAGGGUAACGGUUCCAAAUACAGGCAAAAUCCAUUUUUGUUGUACAAAUGAAUCAUUACGAUGCCCGCUUUCUGCAUUGUUUCCAUUUUUGUUGUACAUGGUAAGAUGGAAACAUGUAAAUGCAUUUGCUUCAGCUUCGGCGGUUGUUAUACUUCUUCAUUUAGAGGAAGAACGAUUCUACUUUUAUCACUUUCUACGUUUAUCACUUUGAUUCCAUAUGAUCAAACUUAUGCAUACAACUUUGGCUACGCUCAUCCACAUUUAAAAGUUCAGAACCAAUCAAAAUCGAUAUCCACAAUGGGCAUGACAGAUGUGCCUUGUUCACCAAGUUUUAUAUAUAACGACCUUUCGCGCGCUUCAUUUUACUGUACCCGCUGAAAAGCAAGCAAGCACCCUAGACUAGAGAUCCGUCGCGGCAAACAAAGGUUUCGUCACAGAUCCCAUUGCCAUAAAAAUGACUUUCAAUCGAAGGAAUGGCGGCCGCAACAAGCAUGGCCGCGGCCAUGUUGACCCCAUCCACUGCUCUAACUGCGGCAAAUUCUUCCCCAAGGACAAAGCUAUCAAGAGGUUUCUUGUGAGAAACAUGGUUGAGCAAGCUGCUGUUACGGAUAUCCAAGAAGCUUGUGCCUUUGAUGGCUACACGCUACCUAAGCUGUACGUGAAGAUGGAGUACAGUGUAUCUUGUGCUAUUCACUCCAAAGUUGUCAGGGUUCGUUUGGACAAUGAUAGGAAAAACCGUGAGCCUCCCCAGCUCUUUGGGCGCAGGGACGAUAUGCCAAAACCAGGUCAAGCACCGCGCCCUGCAGGAGCUGCUGCUCCGCCUCGUCCCUUAAAGCCUUCUUUUUGUCUGCUCUAGUUCAAGGGUUUUGGUUUAUAUGGUGCAGAGUUUCAUUAUGUCUUUGAUAUACAAAGGGUUUGACCUUAAUUAGUAAUGCGGUUUAUUUUAUUAGCUUUAGUGCCUUGUUAUCGUACUGAAUUUGCCAAAGUCUUUGCCAAA